AUGGACGUCUACGGCUUGGAGUCAACGCUGCAGAUGGAGGGCGAGGACGUGGAGGUCCACUGCCUCAGCACCGAGCCCACCUUCUUUGGCAACUAUGCCCCGCCCGACGACUUGGACGGCCAGAUCAUCGACCUGGUGGCCACUCGCUUUCCCAGCUCAGCGAAGCUGCAGCUGCGGCCCAAGGGACUCACCUUCGCCCGGGACUUGGCGCGACACUCGGAGGUGAGAGCCUGGCAAGCACAGAUGGGUGACGCUUGCACAGUCAAGUCUUUGGGUAUUGUCCCGGAGGAGAUCGCGAAUCUGAACUACACCCCAGGCGUGGCGGUGAACUUGGAGCUCCCAGAGGGCGGUCUCUUGCAGAAGAGCCCACAGCAGAAGGUGGUCCUCUCCGACCACUUGCCCAUUGCUUUCACAGUGCAGUGGGAAAGUGAGCAAUCGGAGAGACACGAGCUCUACUGCACGUCAAUGAAUAUGCUCGCUCAGAGCUACUUAGACUUCAACUUCUGGUGCCUUGGCAGGGAGUACCCUGAAGAUGCUUGCCAGGACUUGUGGCUUUUUGCCUCCCGGCUCCGGGCCACGGCUGACAGGAAGACCAAGUGGCUUCCACCGGAGUAUAGCACCCUGGGCCGAAGCCCGGGGUUGUCCGACAACGACUUGGCGGCUGCAAAGGACAGCCCGCUGGUCAAUUGGGAGCGGGUGAACCGCUGGCUCUGGCGCUGGAUCUUCCGCGUACAGAGAGAAGCCUCGAAAGCACAAGUGGCAGGCAACGUCAUGGCUCCAGACGCAGUCCGCCAGGGUGUUUUUGUUCAGCUGCUGAUGUCCUUGGAGGAGUCAGAGCGUCCAGACUUGCUCUUGCUGCAGGAGUUCGGCUUAGCUGAACUUUGCACCGAAGACCUCCAACAUUUGACGGAGCGCUUGUUUGAGCAACGGCCUAUGCUAAGACCACUUUUGCAAUGCCACUUGGGUGUUUGA